AUGAGUAUAUCAAGAGGAUUGGUCCGAAGGCUUAUUGGCAGCCAUGGAGCGGGUUUCAAAGCGAUAUAUAUGGAGAAGAGAAUGACCAAGGCACAGUUGAAGGAUAUUUGCAUAUCGUCUGUGGUUGCUGUCGUUAUGAAUGAAGAUGUGCCUGUUGGUGUUGGAGGCCUUGUUAUUGCAGGAUUGAGCAAGAUUUUGUCAAGAAAGCUAAAGUAUUUGUCGGAAGAGUGUGGAGGAGUGGUGCAUGCAGUAUGUGAGGGAUCAGGAGAGAGGGCGAAAAAGGCAAGCCAAGGAGUGGCCAAAGAAAUAACGCUGGGAGUGGAGGAACUGUGUAUUGAUGACGAGAUGAUUGAUCCAGAGGAGUUUGUUGUUCUUGGCGAGCGUGAGGAUGUCGAUGAUGUGGCAAUAAGCAUGGAUGACAUGAGUUUUGGAGCAAGCAUGAGUGGAAUUUCGCAUGUUGAGCAGAUGAGGGAUGCGGAUGACGACGGAUCUGUGGGAAGAAGUACAACGGAUGUAACACAGAUUCCGAUUGAAGAGUAUAAGGAGAAGAGAAGAAGGAUAGUGGAUGAGGGAGAGACGGAGUAUGAUGCACAAGCGUUUAGGGAGAAUCUGCGUGACACAAGAGAUAUUGUGUGUAUGAAAAGAAUGGAUUUUGGAGAGGUGAUGCGAUCAAGGCUGUUUAUUGCGCCUGAAAUUCUGUGUAGGAUUCGAGACGAAGGUAUGAUGCACAGAGAGAGUGUUGAAGGGGUGCGUGAUGAGAUGCUGGUAGAUUCAUACAUGGAUAUUAGCUUUAGAAAUGAAAUAGAAACAGACAAUGAGCAUAAUGAGCAUAAUGAUGUGGACAAUGAAGACGAAGAGAAUGACAUAGAAAACUACUUUGAGAUUAGCGAGCUGGAAAAGAGUUUUAAUUUUAAUAAUGUUGUUGGAGACAAAAAUAGAUAUGAGAGAAGCAAAUCUUUUUUUUGCCUUCUGAGCUUGCUUGGAAAGGGCACAGUGAUUGCCGAUCAGAUAGAGCCAUAUGGCGUGAUUGAGUGCAAAUUGUGCUAG